AUGCAGGGUAUUCUAGAUGCUUUUAACCAAUCCCAACAUGAACCGUUAUCUAUGAUUGGACAACCAGUUGUCUUUCCAUCUUCUUUCAUUGGUGGUCCCCGUGAUAUGCAACAAAGAUAUAUGAAUGCUAUGGCUCUUGUGCAAGAAUUUGGUAAGCCUGGUUUUUUCUUUACAAUCACUUGUAAUCCACAAUGGCCUGAGAUUCAAGAAGUCUUAAAACCAUUUGAAUUAUCAACCGAUAGACCUGACAUUGUUGCUCGUGUGUUUAGAAUGAAACUUGAAGAACUGAAAAAUGAACUCUUCAAACAAGACUUGCUAGGUAAAGUGCAGACGUAUUCAUACGUCAUUGAGUUUCAAAAAAGAGGAUUGCCACAUGCCCAUAUGCUACUUAUCAUGUUUCCACAAUUUAAAUUACACAAUCCAACAACUUACGACAAAUUUAUAUCUGCAGAACUUCCUGAUAGUAACUCAAACCCCUACUUAUUUCAGUUAGUCUUGAAACAUAUGAUGCAUGGUCCUUGUGGCUCUCAAAACCCAACUAAUGUGUGCAUGGUUGAUGGCCAAUGUAAGAAUCAUUACCCAAAGGAAUUUGUGGAUGAAACAAUUUAUACUCCAAAUGGGUAUCCCAAGUACAGAAGACAAAAUAAUGGGAUUUUUGUUUAUGUGCGUGGACGUACUUUGGACAACCGUUGGGUGGUACCAUAUAAUCCAUAUUUACUUGCUAAGUUUGAUUGUCAUAUAAACUUGGAAGUAUGCUCGAGUGUCAAACUUGUAAAAUAUCUCUACAAAUAUGUGUAUAAAGGUCAUGAUCGGGUUGCCUAUGUUGUGGGCACAACAACACCCGACACACCUCGUGAUAAGAUCAUUGAUUUCCAAACUGGCCGUUGGGUUGCUCCACCUGAAGCUUGUUGGCGUAUUUUUGCGUUCCCCUUGACAGAUAUGCACCCUCCUGUACUUGCUCUGCAAUUGCAUUUACCUAAUUUUCAGUACACUUCAUUCAAAGUAACAGACUCUUUACAAGAUGUUGUAACAAAUGCACGUGCCCAAAAAACUAUGCUUACUGAAUUCUUUGUCAUGAAUGCAACCAACACAUAUGCCAAGGCACUUAAUCUACUUCACAAAGAAUUUCCAAAAUAUUUUGUAUGGGAUCGAUCACACAAUAAUUGGAAUUUUCGCAAACAAGGUUCAAUAGUAGGGAGGGUUGUUACAGCAAGGCCAACUGACCAAGAAAGAUAUUUUCUUCGUCUGCCUUUGCAGUCCCGUCGCGCUCCUGUAUCAUAUGAGGACUUAAGAACAGUUGAUGGUGUUAUACAUGAUUCAUUUAGAAAUGCAUGUGUCGCGUUAGGUUUAUUAGAGAGUGAUAUUCCAUUGAUAGAUUGUCUGCGAGAAGCUGCACUUUUCCAAAUGCCCCAUGCUUUUGCACAAUUAUUUGCUACCAUACUUAAAUUUAUCGAAGAAAUCGACAGUAGUUUUAAUCCAGAUUCGUAUUAUAAUGGUGAUCAAACUUGUGAUUAG